GUGAGGGGGACCAGAAAAGUGCAGAAGCCAUAGAUGCCAAAAGAGAAACGACAGAAGUUUGAGCAGCUGACCGGAUGAGACGGGAGAAGCCAGCUGACCCGCCACUUCACACGUGCCUGUGGGGCGCGCCCGAAUUGAACCACAUCUCGACAAAAUUAAACUGAAAGCAAAAAGGUCAAGAAGACAAGAGAAGAGUCUGGAAGACAAAGAGGGAGAAAGCAGUUUGAGGAAUGCCAAGCAGCGUUUACCAACUUGGCUGAAGGGAGGAGGAUUUGGGCUUUUUAACCCGCCGUCAAGAUCCUCACAUUCGGGGGAUUUCAAAGAAAAUCUCGCCAUAAACAAAAGAGCUUUUGGUCUUCUUGAUUUGUUUGAAGGACGCGUUGAGGCUGUAAGGAGGCCCGCAUGAAGUCACCCUGUCCAAUGUUUCCAUUUAACAUGAACAGCACGAGCCUGAGUGCAUCCAAACGCCUCCUCACACUGCGCUGUAAACUCUUCUGAAGAAGAAAGCGGUUCAAUAAAAAACAUUCAACUUAAAUUAUCACCAUAUCUUAAUCACCAGAUGUAUAUCCUGCUGCCUAACGGGCACAUUUACUGACCUACACGCUUUACAACCCCCUCGAGGAUUUAAUUCAACUUCACAACUGCCAGACAUAUUCGAUUAAGCGGAGCCGCCGCUCUGAAGCCAUGGACGGGGCGACGGAGAGCAUCCGGGAUUUUUUCAACCAACUUUGGAGCUUGGCUACGGACAAACACCACCAGGGCGUGUACAACACCGUCUGCCUGGCGGUCCUCCUAACGCUCCCCCUGCUGGUCCUCCUCACGACUUUGGUGGUGUGUUGCCACUGCUGCUGCUGUCGCCAUGCCAACCGCUGCUGUUGCCGCAAAGAUGCGACGGCGAGGUCAGAAACGAAGAAGAGAAAUAAUUCGGCCGAGGACUUGUGGAUCUCGAUGGCGCCCGACAGGGACGCCCUGGCCAUGGUGUAGGAAUCCUUCUCGUCUCACUUCGAGAGAUGUCUGAUCCCGGGUCAGUCGGUGCAGCGACGGAGCAUCUCAAAAGCGUCGAACUCAAACGAGCUCGGACUAAAAAGACUUUGUUUCAUCUAACGGGGAGGACCUCACGUCGGAAUGGGCACAGAUCCAGCUGAAAUACGGGGACAGUGUACAGAAUAUUGUUAUCAUGUAUAAUAAUGCCAUUUGUGGAGAAUGUUUACAACUUUUUGUAUGAGCUUUUUUAGUACAUAAAGGAAGACACAUGCAGAGGCUUGAACCUGCAAAUGUGCGUGUGUGUGUGUGUGUGUGUGAGUGGGUUAGAGAGUGUGUGUGUGAGAGAGAAGUACAGUGUUAUUGAGAGCACUUUGUUCUUAGAGCUCCCAUGUGAAAUUCAGAGCAACUGUAUUUAGGAGAGAGACACUUUAAGGUCUGCCGGCGUUCAGAUGGCUGUAAUCCCGCCUACUUUUCCACCUGGGCAGCAAUCUAGACUCAUGGUCGAGUCUCUCUUCUCAAAAAAAAAAGCAACUGAUGCGGAAAAAAGUUUUGAAGAAAACUUCUUUGAUGUCUUUCCCCACAUAAUUAAUUUGAUAGAGUGUAAGCCACCGUUCUACUCGGGGGGGAAAACACAAUAUUGAAAUCUGCUCUCCUUCCCCAUUUAGUCCUGAUUAACACUCUGUGAUAUCUGGAUCUUCACUGUAUGCUUGCCAGCGUGGUCCUAAAUGUUCUGAUGCACAUUUCCUAUUAUUUCAUCACUGUGUAUUAAAAAAUAUGAUUGUC